CUCUAUUAACAUUUCCAUGCUUUUUUGUUUUCUUAGAAUUCUUAAUUCAUAUCUAGAUCAGUUAUUUAAGGAAAAAUGAAGAUCAAAAGAAGAAAACAAGCGAAACAUAUUCUUUCUGCGUAUAGAAAUUUUUUCGGUUUUCGUGAACCUUAUCAAAUCCUGGUCGAUGGCACGUUUUGUAAGAUGUCUGUACAAUACAAUGUUCCGAUUAAAGAUAAUUUGGAAAAAUAUCUGCAAUCCAAUUUUCAGUGCUUAACAACACGGUGUGUCCUAAAUGAGCUAGAAAUGCUCGGGGAAUCAGUAUAUGCAGCAAAAAUGGUUGCUCAACGAUUUCAAACAUAUUCUUGUUCUCAUCGGAAGAAACCAGUCUCAGCACAAAGCUGUUUGAAAUUGUUAAUAGGGAAUGAAAAUUCAAAGAAAUUUGUCAUAGCCACUCAGGAUUUUGAGUUGACCAAAUUUGCGAAUCAGAUACCUGGUGUUCCUGUCCUAUAUUUUCAUCAGAAUAAUCUUAUUUUGGACAAAAUGUCGGAAGCAUCUUUGAAGAGAGUGAAUGAUAUUUCUCAGGGCAAAGCAGAACCAACCCCCGCCAUGCAAAAUUCCAUACAAACUUUAAAGAAAGAAGCUAAUUUAAUAUCCGACUCUCCCAUUAAAAAGAAACGAAAACGACCCGGCGGCCCGAACCCUCUCUCUUGUAAAAAGAGUAAAAAAUUAAAAGGUGCUCAUCAGCAAGGUAGCGCUAUUCAUGAACCGGGUGACAGGAGGAGAAAAAAGAGGAGCAGAAGAUCGAAACAAUCGACCACCUCGUGACUAAAAAGUUAUUAAUAUAUUUUUCCUGCGGGCCUUGUGCUACUCCAUUCAAUCUACUGCUGCUAUUCUGCGUCAUCGCCGCGUCUUUUCAUGUGGAAGGAUCGCAUCUUCUUUCUUUUGGAAUUAAAGUCUAAAUACGAAGUUUGAUACAAUUUUUAAGUUAACUGGGGGAUGUCAUCAACUUAGUUUUCGUAAUAUGGCCGAGGGUGGAAGCAUACAGCGUUGUUAAUGGUUUGGGCGAGGAAUGAUGGCAACUUUGUUUUGUUGUCUAGCAUUUUAUUCCGGUAUAAUUACAGCUGCGUUUUAUAAUGUAUCAUGUCUCAACCAAUGAGGGGGUCAGGGAGCGUUGGCCCGUCCACAAAUUAGGAUGACGAGCCUGAAUAUGACUAGAUAUCGAAUUAUCGACACUCUAUAACCCACUUUGCAUCUUGCUCCCGUCGAUCGACUCUUCCACAAUUGGGCUAGGUUAACGUGUUGAGAGUAUACAAUGGUUCAUUUCUGAAUUAGAACUCUGUGUUUGUAGUUAUACCAUAAGUAACAAGUGACUUCGAGCUUUCGGAAUGAGUUCAUUAAUAUUUUAAAUCAUUUAGCUCUCGGGAUUCCAAUUGUAUUUAUGUACAAUAAAGAAUGCUGGUGCUUUGGGUU